AUGCUCGUCCACUGGCCCGUGCUCCUCUACGACGAAUACUACAGCGAAGCUCGGCGCCACGCAGAGGAUGAUCCUCAAGCUGACCUCGAGAAGGCCUGGUCCGUCUUCGUAACGCGCUGUCGGCGCCGAUGGAAAUUCUUCCUCGGCUGUUGCGCCGUGUACAACGAUAUCAUUAUCGGCCUUCUAUCCGCAUUCCCUGGCGUUGUGGACAUGAUCGUGAUAAGUGGCAUCGUCUGCUUGUUGACUAGCACGGUCUGCUCGGCUGCUGCGGUGCUGUUACGCAUUCACCUGAAAGAACAUAAGGACCCUGUCAAUGGGAAAGUGUGGCUCGUGCACACCGCCGUUCAACCGCGCUGGACCUCCAUCCCGCUUCUGUUCGCCAUCCCAGAUGCUUGGUUUGUAUGGGCGUCAAGCAUGUUCGUCGUGUUCUUCGUCGCCUUCUCCUGGGAGCGCCUUGCCCAGGGAUCUAGCGCGGGCACACAGAAUGUUGCGGAAACGCGCUUCUACAUCUUCGCGGCUACCUUACUGUCGGUGCUGGCGGCUUCGGGUGUCGCGCACGUCCUAGCAGUGCUGUGGGCGUGCCACCGGUUAGACGGGCAGAUCAUGGCUGCUUUAAGGCCGCAGCGAGAGACGUCACCGUGA